ACACGAACCUCAACGGGGAAAUCCUGACAGGGAUGGGAAAGGCUCUUUAGAAAUGCAAGUCUUUAUACCCAAUCUAUUUUCUUCCGUUUGAUUUCCCACCGCCUGCCCAGCCCCUAAUGCCAGCUGCGGAAGAGUGCGGGGCGGGGCGAGACCCGAGUGCCGCAGCGCCGUUCCCGCAAACGCCUGCGUGUCCGGAGCGCCGCGGGCGCUGGUCUGGCGGCUGCGGGGACCGGCCGGAGUGGGUUCUGACCUCUACCUUCCACCCUGAGAGGUGGGACUUCUGUCGCGAUGUCGUCCACAACCACAGACCUGGACAACAUGGAGGUCCAACGACAGUACAACAUGAACAGUUGCAGGGAAACCUCCGAGAGCCACCGGGAAGAGGAGCACAGUUCCUCCAAGCUUUUCGAAUCCUCGCGGAUAAAAGCCCUGGCUGACGAGCGUGACGCCGUCCAGAAGAAAACCUUCACCAAGUGGGUGAACUCCCACCUGGCACGAGUGCUCUGCCAAAUCACGGACCUUUACGUCGACCUCCGCGAUGGCUGUGCGCUGACCAAAUUGCUGGAGGUUCUGUCAGGGGAGCAGCUGCCCAAGCCGACCCGGGGCCGGAUGCGGAUUCACUCCCUGGAGAACGUGGACAAGGCCCUCCAGUUCCUGAAGGAGCAGCGGGUCCACCUGGAGAACGUCGGCUCCCAUGACAUCGUGGAUGGGAACCACCGCCUCACGCUCGGCCUCAUCUGGACCAUCAUCCUCCGGUUUCAGAUACAGGUGAUCAAAAUUGAAACGGAAGACAAUCGUGAGACACGGUCGGCCAAAGACGCUCUGCUGCUGUGGUGUCAGAUGAAGACGGCAGGAUAUCCUGGCGUGAACAUCCAGAACUUCACCAGCAGCUGGAGAGACGGACUGGCAUUUAAUGCGCUUAUCCACAAGCACAGGCAAGAUCUUAUCGACUUCAGCAAGCUGCAGAAGUCCAACUCGACCUUCAACCUCCAGCAGGCGUUCAGUGUGGCUGAGCAGAGACUGGGUGUUGCCAAGCUUCUCGACCCUGAAGAUGUGAACACCGAGAACCCAGAUGAGAAGUCCAUCAUUACCUAUGUGGUGUCCUAUUACCAUUACUUCUCCAAGAUGAAGGCACUAGCCGUAGAGGGCAAGAGAAUUGGCAAGGUGCUGGACAACACGUUGGAGAUUGAGCAGAUCAUCGCGAGGUACGGGGCACUGGCAACCGAGCUGCUGGAGUGGAUCGAGCGAACCAUCGCCCUCAUCAGCAACCAACGCUUUGCAAACUCUUUGGCCGGAGUUCAGCAGCAGUUCCAAGUGUUCACUAGCUACUGCACCGUGGAGAAACCAUUCAAGUUUGAUGAGAAGGGGAAGCUCGAAGUCCUGCUGUUCACCAUCCAGAGCAAACUUCGGGCAAACAACCAGAGGCCGUACGUCCCACCUGAGGGCAAGCUGAUCUCUGAUGUCAACAGGGCCUGGGAGAGGCUGGAGAAGGCGGAGCACGAGCGAGAGGGGGCGUUACGGAACGAGCUCAUCCGGCAGGAGAAGUUGGAGCAGUUGGCGCAUCGGUUCGAUCACAAGGCCGUGAUGCGCGAGACCUGGUUAAACGAGAACCAGCGCCUUAUCUCACAGGAUAACUUCGGCUAUGAUCUCCCUGCCGUGGAGGCGUCCAUGAAGAAACAUGAAGCCAUCGAGGCGGACGUGUCCUCCUACAAGGAGCGGGUGCAGGUGAUCACGGAGCUGGCUCGGGAGCUGGAGUCCGAGGGCUACUAUGACAUCAAGCGCAUCUCCGCUCAGAAGGACAACAUCUUGCGUUUGUGGGGCUUUCUCCAGGAGACGCUGACAGCCCGCCGAUCCCGCCUGGAGCUCAACCUGUCCCUGCAGAAGAUCUUCCAGGAGAUGGUCCACAUGAUUGACUGGAUGGAGGAGAUGCAGGUUCUGUUAUGUUCGAAGGACUUGGGGAAGCACUUGCUGGAAGUGGAAGAUCUGCUGCAGAAGCACAGCCUCCUGGAGGCGGACAUCUCGGUGCAGGAGGAGCGGCUGAAGGCCUUGAAUACGGCGGCUCUGGAGUUCACGAAGGACGAGGGUUACCAGCCCUGCGACCCGCAGGUGAUCUGCAACCGCGUCCACCACGUGAACAGCUGCGUGGAGGAGCUGCACCGGCUGGCGUCCCUGCGCCGUGCCCAGCUGGAGGGCUCGCGGUGCCUGUGGGCCUUCCUGCAGGAGAUGGAGGAGGCGGAGAGCUGGAUCCACGAGAAGCAGCAGGUCAUCUCCUCGCCGCACUUGGGCAAGGACCUCAGCAGUGUCACCCGGCUGCUGGGCAAGCACAGGGUCCUGAUGGGGGAGCUGGCCAGCCGGUGUGGCCUCCUCACCCAGACCAUCACCAAGGGGGAGCAGAUCCUGGCGGAGAAGCACUUCGGCACGGGGAACAUCCAGGAGAGGAUCCUGGAGGUCCGGGUCCAGUGGAAGAAGCUCGAUGAGUUGGCGGUUCUCCGACUCCGGCACCUCCAGGAGGCCCUGGACUUCUUCCAGCUGAAGGCAGACAUGGACGACCUGGAGGUCUGGCUGCAGGAUGCGUACCGCAUCGUGUCCAGCGACGACUUCGGCCACGACGAGUACUCCACGCAGUCGCUGGCGAAGAAGCACCGGGGCUUGGAGGACGACAUCGAGCAGCACCGGCAGGCAGUGGAAGCCCUCCGACAGCAGGCGGCCGGCCUGGCGCCCGAGUACUCGGAGCUAGAGGAGGUGAAGGUCCGCGCGGCCGAGGUGGAGGGCCUGUACACCGAGGUGAAGGAGGUGGCGGGACUGCGGCGGCAGUGGCUGCAGGACGCGCUGGCCGUGUACCGCAUGUUCAGCGAGGUCAACGCCUGCGAGCGCUGGAUCGACGAGAAGGAGCAGUGGCUGAAUCGGAUGGAGAUCCCUGAGAGGCUGGAGGACCUGGAACUGGUGCAGCAGAGGUUCGAGAGUCUGGAUCAGGAGAUGAACAGCAUGUUGACCCGAGUUGUGGAGGUAAACGAAAUCGUGCGGCAGCUGGUGGAGAAUGGGCAUCCGAGUGCUACUGAGGUCAGGAGUUGCCAGGAUCAUCUCAACAGCAGGUGGGGCCAGAUCUUGCGGCUGGUCAAGAGCAAAAAGGACACCACAAACUCUCUGCUGUGUGUCCAGAGCUACUUACUGGAGUGCAACGAGAUCAAGAGCCAGAUCCGAGAGAAGAGGAAGGUCAUUGAGUCCACGCAGUACCUGGGCAACGACUUUGGCGGGGUGAUUGCUCUGCAGAGAAAGCUCUCCACCAUGGAGGGGGCCCUGGCCGUGAUCGAGCCCAAGCUGAUCGGCCUGCAGCUGGAGGCGGAAGGCCUGGCCACGGCUCAUCCGGCCCAGGCCCUGGAGAUCCUUGUCCAGUUUGAGGAGAUCAGCGAGGAGUGGGAGCAGCUGAAGCGGGCGCUGCAGGGCUGCGAGGAUUCCCUGAGCGUGGCUGGCAAGCUGCAGCAGUUCAUCCAGGACCUGGACGGCUUCCUAUCCUGGCUGGCCCAGACGCAGGCCGCCGCCCUCUCCGAGGAGAUGCCCAACACGCUGGGGGAGGCCGAGGCCCUCCUGCGGCAGCACGAGGCCACCAAGGAGGAGAUGGGCCGUCGGGAGGACGACUACCGGAGGAUUCUGGCCGUCCAGGAGCUGCUGGUGCUGGACGAGGCCGAGCUGCCGCUCCUCUCCAUCCGGCAGUGGCUGCAGAAGCUGGAGCUGGGCUGGGAGAAGCUGCAGCAGGUGUGGCAGCAGCGGCAGGAGAUGCUGCUUCAGGCUCACGUCUACCACCUCUUCCUGCGCGACGUCCGGCAGGUCGAGGCCUUUCUCAACAGCCAGGAGUCCAAACUGGCCCAACUGGAACUUCCGACAACAGUGGCAGCAGCAGAGGCGGCGAUCAAGAAGCACCGGGACUUCCUGGUGACCCUGGAAAUAAACUUGCAGAAGAUCAACACGGUGGUGGAGGCUGGAGGGCACCUGGCGAAAGGUGGCAAUGUCUACGUGGACAAGAUCAAAGAUCAGAUGGAAUCCGUCAUCACCAGGAGCCAAAACAACUACAAGCUUGCCCAUGAGUGGUUGGUGCGGCUAAGCGACCAGUGGGAGCUUCUGCGGUUCCUCCAGAGCUGUCACGAGUUGGCAGAGUGGAUUAAUGAGAAGAUGCUGACAGUCCGGAACACGUCACACGAUGAUGCUCAGAAACUGCACAAAAAAUGGCUGAAGCACCAGGCGUUUAUGUCAGAGCUGGUGCUGAACCGGGAAUGGCUGGCUAAAAUCGAGAAGGAGGGGCAAGAGCUGAUCAAAGAGAAGCCCGAGUUGGCUUCAGUGGUGAGGAAGAAGCUGGAAGAGAUUCACGAAUGCUGGACCCUUCUGGAAAGCACGACUCAGGAGAAGGCGCAGCACCUGUUCGACGUGGAUAGGGCGGAGCAGCUGGUGCAGAGUUACAGUGACUUGGACAGGAGGCUGUCCCAACUCGAAGGGCAACUGCUGGCGGCGGACGGUGGGCGGGACAUUGCUACGGUCAACACUCAGCUCCAGAAGCUGCAGGUGCUGGAGAACCAGAUGGAGGGCUGGUACAAGGAGGUGGGAGAGUUGCAGGCCCAGGCUGCAACACUGCAACAGGAAGGUUCUGGAAAAGAAGAGGUCAUUGAGAAGCAAAAUGUCGUGGAAACAAGAAUUGUGCGCCUGAUUGAGCCACUGAAGCAAAGACGGAGGAUUCUUUUGGCAUCCAAAGAGGUCCACCAGAUCACGCGGGACAUGGAAGAUGAGAUGCUCUGGGUUGAGGAACGUUUGCCAUUGGCCAAGUCCAAGGACCAUGGCGUCAAUCUACAAACAGUACAGCUUCUUCUGAAGAAACUUCAGACUCUCCAGUGGGAGAUCCAAGGGCACCAGCCUCGGAUCGGUGAUGUGAUAGAGCGGGCUGGACACAUUGCUUCGAUUCAGAGCCCGGAGGCCGAUGCUGUGCGCCUGAGCCUGGACCGGCUGCAGGAGCUGUGGAACGCAUUGCAGGAAGAGACGCAGCAGCGGCAGCAGAGGUUGCUCGCGACGCAGCAAGCCCAGCAGUAUUACUUUGAUGCCAGCGAGGUGGAGUCCUGGCUGAGCGAGCAGGAGCUGCACAUGAUGACAGAUGAGAAAGGCAAGGAUGAGCAGAGCUCUCUCCAGCUGUUGAAGAAACACCUGACCCUGGAGCAGACUAUCGAUGAUUACGCAGAGAAUAUUUGCGAGCUCUCGAAGAUGUGUAGAGCGUUACUGGAUGAAGGACACUCAGAGAGCGAGCAGAUCAGCAAGCAGCAAUCACAGAUCGACCGUCUGUACGUGAGUCUGAAGGACCUGGCCGAGGAAAGGAAGGGCAAGUUGGAGCAGCGCUACUGGCUCUUCCAGCUGAACCGCGAGGUUGACGAGCUCGAGCAGUGGAUCGCCGAGCGAGAGGUGGUCGCCGGAUCUCCAGAGCUUGGCCAAGAUUAUGAGCAUGUCACUUUACUACUGGAGAAGUUCACAGAGUUCGCCCACGAGACUGGGAUGAUCGGGCAGGAGCGGGUGAACACGGUGAAUCAGAUGGUGGACGAGCUGAUCGAUUAUGGCCACAGCGACGCUGCCACCAUCGCGGAGUGGAAGGACGGCGUCGGCGAGGCCUGGGCGGACCUGCUGGAGCUGAUAGAGACGCGGGCUCAGAUGCUGUCGGCCUCCCAGGAGCUGCACAAGUUCUUCAGCGACUGCAAGGAGGUUGCUGGCCACAUUGAGGAGAAACACAAGCUGCUUCCGGACGUCGCUGUCGGCGAUUCCAGCAGCACCUUUACUCUACAACGAAUGCUGAGUUCCUUUGAGCAUGACAUACAAGCCCUGGUUGUGCAGGUGAGGCAGUUACAGGAGCACGCUGCCCAGCUGCGCACGGUGUAUGCCGGCGAGAAUGCCGAGGCCAUUCAGGUGCAGGAGCAGAGAGUGAUGCAGGCUUGGAAGGAGCUGCUGGGCACCUGCGAACAGCGGAAGCUGCAGCUCACCACCACCGGCGACAAGAUUCGCUUCUUCGGCCUGGUUCGCGAGCUGGUGGGCUGGAUGGACAGCAUUAUCUGUCAGAUCGGCACAGGCGAGAAGCCCCGGGACGUUUCUUCUGUGGAGGUACUGAUGAAUUAUCACCAGAGUCUCCGGGGGGAGAUUGAAGCCAGGCACAAGAAACUCAUGUCUUGCGUUGAGCUGGGCAAAAACUUGCUCAUCACAAAGCAUCACACUUCUGACGAGAUUCAGGAGAAGGUGGACAAGGUGCUGAGGAAGCAGAAUGAGAUGAUGGAGAAGUGGGAACAACACUGGGAAUGGUUACAACAGAUGCUGGAAGUCCAUCAGUUCGCGCAGGAAGCGGUGGUGGCUGAGUCGUGGCUGAGCACGCAAGAGCGACUGGUCACCAGUGAGCAGCUGGGCAACAGCGUGGACGAGGUGGAGCAGCUGAUCAAACGGCACGAAGCCUUCCGCAAGUCGGCAGCAGCCUGGGAGGAGAGGUUCAGCUCGCUGAGGAGACUGACCACGCUGGAACGCAUGGAGAAUAAGGUUCCCUUUGCUGUCCAGCCUCAGCAGCCUGCCACGCCGAUGCUGAGCCGCAGAGUGCUGCCAGAGUCCAGAGGCUCCCCAAUAAAGCAGUCAGUGGCCGUCGCGGGAAUCCGACCCGUCAAGCAGCAGGCGAAAUACGAAAUUGUCGACGAACUCGAGGAGGAGCACCCCGACAGAGGGGAGUACAAGCCGGCCAAAAGAGCUGCCAGGCCGGAGAAGCAGGAGCCGGCUGCCACGAGGCACCCGCAGCGCGAGCGGCCACAGCCGAAGCCGGAGCAGGCCGAGGUGAGGCAGGAGCGCAGGAUCGAGCGGCAGGAGUCGCUGAGUGAGCCGCGGGAGGCGGAGCAGGAUGCUGCUGGGGACAGGAAAACAACCCUCGCUGAUAUUGUCGAGCAGUUACAGGAGAAGGAAGCCCAGGAGCGCGAUUCCUCAUUGUCCAUCGGGCUGCCAAAUGGGAUCGAGAAGCUCCCAGAGAGAAUCCCGCGGCCGGACAGACCACGGGCCAGAGACAGACCCAAGCCCAGGAGGAGACCGCGGCCCAAAGACCCCAACCAGCCCGGUUCAGAAACUCGCCGAUCCAGGUCCGCCCCAUCUCCCCAGAAUAGUGUCGCAGUCCCAGUGAUGGUGACGCAUACGGCGGAGCACGAGGGGUUCCUUGCACGCAAGCAUGAAUUCGAAGCUCCAAACAAAAAAUCAUCCAGCAGGUCCUGGGCUAACGUCUACUGCGUCAUAAGUAAAGGAGAUCUGGGGUUUUAUAAAGAUGCCAAGAGUCAAAAAGCAGGAACAACCUAUAACGGGGAAGCACUUGUCACACUUAGCGAGGCCACUUGUGAAAUCGCCAACAAUUACAAAAAAAAGAAAUUUGUGUUUAAAAUACGGAUAACCGAUGGCAAUGAAUACCUGUUCCAGGCAAAGGAUGAGGAAGAGAUGAACAGUUGGAUCAAGGCUUUUUCCACCGCCAUCACAGAACAUGCAGAAAUUGUGCAGCAAAGCGGCCAGAUCCCUCCUACUACCUCCUCCACCGAUGAAGGGAAUCCGAAACGGGAAAGUGAUCGAAGAUUCAGCCUCUUUGGGAAGAAGAAAUGAGUAUAAGAGGUUGUCUUUGACUUUAGAAACCACAGCCAUGAUAUUGGAUAUUUGGAUUUGCACUUGAUGUACAAAUGAUUUCAUCUUGAACCUGAAGACCUAACGUUUUUAGUUUUAUAAUUUACACAAAUGUUGAACAAUUGCAAUUGCUUCUCUGGAAUGGACUUGUGAAGACUUUCUAUGAAAAUAACAGUUCAGUUUCUCUUCUGUUCAUGAAUAUGUUCGGCUGCUGGCUGGAAUCUCAAGGCUGAAUGGUGAAGGAGGCAGGCUUGGCAAGUCCAUCUGAUCCAAUACGUUGGCAGUUUGCUGGGGCUUCUGUUGCCUUUUGUUCUCUCGUUCCAUGCACUUGUGGAUUUGAUUCAAAAUGUUCGGCUUGAGUUUGAUUAAUAAUGACAAUGAAUAAGAGAAAUAUCCCCCCCAUCGACAUAUUUUAUUAAAAGAAAUGACUAUCACUCCAUUCAGUUUUAAUCUUCUUUACAAAUAGAAAACUUCUGAGAAGAUGCACUGCUUGUUUUAUUUAUCAGCAGAAAUAUAUUUAAUGGUCACUGCUGUUAACUGGAAUCUUUGCAUAACAUUGAAAUGUAAAGCAAUUAAUUUUAAAUGUGAUUUCUGGCAUUGUAGCAACUGGUAUCCUUCACAGGCGAAUCUAAUUCUUUUAUGAUUUGUAAAUUUCUAAUGUUGGAAGAUGAAGAAUUAACGUCACGUUUGAGGGGUUCGAACUGUAGAUACCAACACGAUACUGGGUCAAACUGUAUGGUUUUGGGCAUUUGUGCUGUCCCUUUAUCGGUUCCUCAGGAUUGCUGUCAAAAAGAGAAAAAUAUAUUAAAUAAAUAUUUAGCUAAGAUCACAGUGA